AUGCCCGCCACCCCCAACAGCCGCCGAGGCAAGAAUUCCUUGACCAUCGUCCUCAAGGUGCCAGCCCAGUCCCUGGCCCGGCUCAUCGCCAACACUCAGGACACCCCAGACACCAAGGACCGCUCUUCACCAGCCUCCUCCGGGGAACUGCCCACCGUCCGACCCUCCUCGGCCGACAAUGGCUCCGACGACGCCAACUCCACCCCCGCCACCGGGGCCACUCCAGCCGACACACCGCGUCGGAAAGCCAUCCCGGGACCAAAGCCAGGCAACAAGCGAACAACCGGACAGACAGACGCCAAGUCGCGCGGACGACCAGGCCCCAAGAAGAAGCCUAAGCUGUAA